AUGGAUUCGCUGCCGCGGAAGCGCAAGGGCGCAGCGCGCGCCGCGUGCUCCCUGGCCGGAUCCCGCCACGACGCGCCUGCCGCCCGCAAGCGCACCUGCCGCGAGCCCAAGCCGCGGCCCGAGAAGACGAAGCCCUCCUCCUCCGCCGACGAGGGCUCCGCCUCCGCCCGGGGCGGCGGCGGCGUGGUGAUGACUGCGCCGCCCGCGAGCGGCUCGCGGGCGGCGCCCGACAGCCCCGGGCGCGGGCUCAAGCGCAAGCUGGGCUGCAUCGACUCGGCCACGCGGAUGGGGCGGAAGAAGCGGCUCGACAGCGAGUACGAGCUCGGCGCCGAGAUCGGGCAGGGCAAGUUCGGCUCCGUCCGGAUCUGCCGCGCCAGGGCCAGCGGCGGCGACGAGUUCUUCGCCUGCAAGGCGCUGCCCAAGAACGGCGAGGAGACAGUGCACCGCGAGGUGGAGAUCAUGCAGCAUCUCUCGGGCCACCCGGGCGUCGUCACGCUCAGGGCCGUCUUCGAGGACGCCGACAGGUUUUACCUCGUCAUGGAGCUCUGCGGCGGGGGCAGGCUGCUCGACGAGAUCGCCAGGGAGGGCAAGUUUUCUGAGCAGCGUGCUGCCAUUGUGAUCAAGGAUCUCAUGGCCGUGCUCAAGUACUGCCACGAGAUGGGUGUUGUGCACAGGGACAUUAAGCCGGAGAAUAUUUUGCUUACCAAGGCUGGGAAGGUGAAGCUUGCUGAUUUCGGACUCGCUGCACGGGUCACUAAUGGUCAGAAAUUGUUUGGUGUAGCAGGGAGCCCAGCAUAUGUGGCACCUGAAGUUCUUUCUGGAAGCUAUUCUGAGAAAGUUGAUAUUUGGGGUGCUGGUGUGCUACUACAUUUACUACUACUCGGUUCACUUCCAUUUCAAGGUGUCUCUCUGGAUGCCGUUUUUGAGUCCAUAAAGACUGUUGAACCUGAUUUUAGCAGCAGCCCAUGGGAAUCAAUAUCAGUUCUUGGGCGGGAUCUUAUUGGCCGAAUGUUGAAUCGAGAUGUCUCUUCUAGAAUGACUGCUGAUGAAGUUCUCAGUCACCCAUGGGUCAUGUUUUACACAGAAUGCCCCCUGAAGGUGGUAGCUGCUAAUUUGUGUCUCACUAACAAGAUUAUAGCACCCAAAAUUCCAUGGGACAGACACAAGUCAGAAUGUGGCUCCGUGUCAGACUCAAGCCAAAGGUCAGAAGAUCAGGAUGAAUGUGGCUUGGUUGACGCACUGACAGCAGCAAUAACCCGUGUUAGAAUAUCAGAGCCAAAGAGAAGUCGGCUCUGUAGCCCUGCAAUCACCAUUCAGCAGGAAUGCUCUUCAAACUUGAAGAAUAAUCUUUGCACGGCUUUCUGA